AUGCUGUCAGCGACGGUAAUCUGGCGCCAACUCUCCUCGCCCACCAUCGCCAUAACUCUUUCGGUGACCGCACUGAUCUACGUGACCGUAAUCUGUCCCCUAAUAUUUCUACGCAUUUUCGCUCAUGACAGUCUGUUCGAGAGCCAUGAGUGUGCGGUAAGAACUUGAACCCCAAUUUGUAAGGCGGAACCAUUUGUGUGUAGGGUCAAGUGUCGGAGCUGAGGCAGCGAGCACAACUCGUCCGCGAGCAAAUUCAUGAAAAUGUUCGACAAAAGCGACAAAUGGCGUGUUAGUAGUAGUCGUAGAUUUUCGGGAAAAGUACAGCAAUCACCUUGCAGCGUGUUGUAUCGGACCGCCGGGGAUGAAAGGAUUUGCGGGCAAGAACUCGAGAGACGGAUACGACGGAGAACCGGGUUAGUGAUGUUCCCCCACUACUAAUUGUGAUGGCUGCUGUGAAAAUUAGUACGAAGACGUCGCGGUUGCGAAAUGUCUUCGAUCUGACGCCUUAGACAUCAGUUAGUCUGCAGACAUUAGAGCUUUAAAAAUAAAUAAUAAAUAAUAGAGCUUUAAAAAAAACAACAAAAAAACGGUAGCUUCCCGACGAGUGGAUCAGAGACCCGAAAGGCCGCAUCUUUUUUUAUCUUUUUUUAGAAAAAUUUUUUUAUGAAAACGGUAGCUUCCCGACUUUAAAUUUUUGACUUUUUGAGGUGUUAUUCUUAUUUCAAAUAACGAAUGAUUUUUUUUUAUAUUUUUAAUCAAUUUUUAACCAAUUUCUAGUCGUUAUUUUUAAAGUUUUAUUCGGAAUCCAGAAGUUUACUAACGCCGCGUCCAAAGUCUCGGAAGCCCCACAAAUCUCGCGGAUUUUGCAGUCCGUAUUAUUUAUUUUUGAAAAAGGUAUUUUUUUGAAAAAAAUUUAAAUUGCAAUUUUGCAAUUUUUUUCAACGGUAUUUCAACGGUAUUUUUUUGAAAAAAAUUAAAAUUGCAAUUUUGCAAUUUUUUUCAAAUUUCUUGGGUAAAUUUUUCAACGGUAUUUUUUUGAAAAAAAAUUUAAAUUACCCAAGAAAUUUGAAAAAUUGCAAAUAUUCUCGAGAAAUUUAAAUUUUUUUCAAAAAAAAUACCGUAGUUUUAUGGUGUACGGUAACACUCGUUCAGCUGUGCGCACCCCGGAUUUCCCGCAAAUUUCUGCCGACUUUGGACUGCAAAGUCCGCGAGAUUUGCGGGGUUUCCGAGACUUUGGACGCGACAUAAUCAAAUUUGAACGUUUCGAUAUCUGCUGCAAGUUCAAAUCACUCAAACUAUUUUUUUUGUCGAAAGCUAAGAUCGAAAUACACCUUUUUCUAGUAUCUCAUGUCCGCGGCGGGAAACUUCUACUAAAAACCCUUAAAAUUGAAUUUUUUCAAAAAAUUCUAAAAAAAAAUGAUAUUUUUUCAUCAUAACCAGGGAGAAAAUUUUUUUUGCAAGUGUUCAAAUUUUGCACAAAGUCUGCACUAAACAUCUACCAAUCACAAAAAAUUUUUUUAGCUUUCUACGAUUUUUUUCAAAAAAAAAAAUUCAUUUUUCCACCUACCGUACUACCGUAGCCCGGAGCUGGGACCUAAUAUUGUGCACCAUAUACAUGUUCACACAAAAAUCUUUCCCAAUGUCCCACAUUGCUCGAGUCUUACAGAGAAUGCGUUUUAUAAUGUUGAUAUUAUGGCCUGUCACCAUACACUGCUAUUGUAGAAGCAUUGUGGGAAGAGCAGAGUGCGCGCAUAGUUCAAAUAUGCUGUUUUGACGAUAGAAUACAUGUUUUCACUCAAUUUGUUCCAAUGGGACACCUCACGAAUCAGUCUUCCUCCAUACAUAACUGUGGACUGAUUUGUGAUACGAAUUUGCUGUGUAGAAGUGGAUUUAUCGUUAGGAAAUGGUCGAUUGACAAUAUUUAUAGAGUUUAUUGAUAAAUUGGUCAUGUUUGGUACAAAUCGUACCAUACCUUACUUUUAUUUUUCAGGCCGUGACGGUCGUCCGGGUCGUCCAGCCGACGGCGACGCGCGAAUGGUCUGUAUCCGCGAGUGUCCAGCAGGUCGUCCGGGCCGAGAUGGCUCCGAUGGCCCAAAAGGCCAAAAAGGCCAAAGAGGCCGAGCGGGUCUUCAAGGCGACUCGGCGCCACCGUCGAUCCGCGGAGAGCCGGGCGAACGCGGCGACAAAGGAUUCCCGGGCGCGCCGGGGCCUUCGGGAGAGCCCGGAGAGCCCGGAAGAGUGUACGUGUCGGAUGGGCCGCCCGGAAAAGACGGAGAAACGGGGCCGCGUGGACCACCCGGCGAAAAAGGCAGAAACGGACGAGACGGCGAAGACGGACUGCCCGGAGAGCGCGGCGAACGCGGAUAUCAGGGGCUGAAGGGCGAGAUCGGGAAGCGAGGACCGGUUGGUGGAUUCGGGCCUGUCGGUGAGUGCAUUCACCUUUUUUUUUUGGAAAAUGUUCACAUGCAACGGUCUGCAGAGGCGACAAUGGGCGCAAGUGCGCCCCGCUCAAUAGAGCGAUACAUUGGCGCGAAAUUCAAAUUUUAACAGCGCAAAAUUUGUAUUUUUGCGAGAUUAGCCACGAAAAAUCGAUAAUUUCUCAUUUAUCUCUCGAUAGACCGAUUGUAUAGGCUAUUACGAAUUUUUUAAGCGCAAGAGCGUUAAAUUUGGUCAAGUCGAAAAUCAAAUGUAUCAGUUUGAAGGUUUUUGGCUAAAACUGCGCGAAUUUCAGUUGCUUUUCGGUAAUUUUCGCGGUUCGAGCGCUCAAAAUUAUUGUAUUUACGUGAUUUAUCAUUCUCAAAACCAAUUCUGUUGGAAAACGGUCAAGAAAGCGCAAAAAUUCAAAUUUUAACAGCAAAAUUUGUGUUUUUUGCGAGAUUAGCCACGAAAAAUCGAUAAUUUCUGAUUUGUCUCUCGAUAGACCGAUUGCAUAGGCUAUUACGAAUUUUUAAGCGCAAGAGCGUUAAAUUUGGUCAAGUUUCAAAUCAAAUUUAUCGGUUUGAAGGUUUUUAGAUAAAACUGCGUGAAUUUCAGUUGCUUUUCGGUAAUUUUCGCGGUUCGAGCGCUCAAAAUGCUUGUAUUUACGUGAUUUAUCAUUCUCAAAACCAAUUCUGUCGGAAAACGGUCAAGAAAGCGCAAAGCGAGAAUUGCGGUUUUUAGGCGGCGAAGGCGAAAAAGCGAAAUCCGCGAAAAACGCGAAAAACGCGCCAAAACGUCAUUAAUUCUGUGAGAAUUAGUGUGUUUACAUGUCGAACAAUCAUUUUUCAUCGCCGUUGAUCACAAAAAUCAGAGAAAACCCUGCUCAAUUCAUGAAAACGCCAUUUUGCCGCCGAGGCCACGCCCAUAUUGUCAGCUCUCCAGUCCGUGACUUGACUUUUCUUCCAGGUCCAAAAGGCGAGCCGUGGCCGUGCGAAUCGUGUCCGCCGCCACGUGUCAGUCCCGGAUACUAUCUGAAUUCGAAACGGAAGCACUAG